AUGACCUGGGAGGCUGGGACUCAACGAGAGGCCCAUCGGUAUCAAGACAUCAUGGGCGGAGCCUUCGAGACUCUUCCCCUCAACCGGCGUGGGUUUCAACAAGGCGUUCCGACUUUCAUGCGCCGAGGUUCCGAACUCGAGCGACACCCCAAGAUCGUCCGGUUGGAUGUCGAUUUCAAGCUGAAGAGCCAGAAACAUGACGACCCGGCGCACUACAGCACAGCGAGCGACGAGACGGUACAAUCGUGGCAUGUCGAUGCGUGGAAGAUGAAGGAUGCAACGAUAAAGAACAGACAGAAGUGA